GCUUGAGUGUUUGGCAGGCUGCGCGUGUGUGUGUGUAUACGGCUGGAGAGCAAGAACAGCCUGCAUCGCCUCUUUAGAGCUAAUAAUAGGCGGUGUCAGUUCCCUGGCUCUGGGUAGCGUUGUGUGCUCGUCUGCAAUCGGACACGAUUAUGACGUUAUUGUUACAUAUUUUCUCAAAAAGGCCUGGAGCAGAAGCAAGUCUUCACCAGAAUUUUUUUUCAGUCACCUAUGAAGCGCCAGAUUUUAAGGUUGUGCCUCUGCAAUGAAGAAAAGGAGACGGCUCGCUGCAAAUCUAAAUGAGAAGGUUCAUCUUGGCCAUGAGAGGGUUACUUCAGAUCAGGUUCUUGUAGUAGACUGUGAGCGAGAAAUUGUCUCAAAGCCUGCAGAAAUAGCUCCUGCAGAUCACUUUGAAUCUUCCCAAGAACUUUCACCAUCAUCAGAACAAAGAAAGCUCCUGAGUUCACUGCAGUAUAACAAAAAUCUACUUAAGUAUUUAAAUGAUGAUAGACAGAAGCAUCCAUCAUUUUGUGAUUUGCUCAUAAUUGUAGAAGGAAAAGAAUUUAGCGCUCACAAAGUUGUGGUGGCUGUUGGAAGUAGUUAUUUUCAUGCCUGUUUGAGCAAAAAUCCAAGCACUGAUGUUGUCACAUUAGAUCACGUAACUCAUUCUGUCUUUCAGCAUUUACUUGAGUUUCUGUACACCUCUGAGUUUUUUGUAUAUAAAAAUGAAAUUCCAUUAGUGCUGGAAGCAGCAAAAUUUUUAGAUAUCAUUGAUGCAGUCAAGUUACUAAAUAACGAAAGUGUUUCUAACAUACAGUCUGAAGCGUUAAGUGAUGCCCCAACACCAGUAGAAACACUCAAUGAAUUGACUGGUAAACUGUUAAAUAGUCACCAGUGCAGUUUUUGUGGCCGAAGCUUCUGUUACAAGAAGUCCUUAGAAAAUCACUUGGCUAGAGCUCACAAAUCCCUUUCACUAGAAAGAAAACAUGGGUUAAAAAUGGUUGAGAAGGCUGGCUUUUCCGCUAGGCGAUCUACGAGAAAUCGUAAAUGUCCAGCCAAGUUUGAUAACAGUGACAAUGAAAGUGGUGACGUAUCUGACAGCAAUUUGGAAAAAGUCAGUUCCGAUAAGGAAACAUCUGAUAAAAGCGAAUCUGAGGACAGUGGAAGUGAAUGUGAUGCUGAUGAAGAAGGACAGGAAGAGGAGGUAACAGGUGAAGAUUCCGAGACUGAAGAGCAAAGUGAAAAGGAGCAUAAUGAUACUGAAGAGGGUUCUGAGGCUGUUGACUCGGUGGGAAAUAUUCCUGAAGGCUUAGCUCCAGUAAUUAUUCAAAGCAGUAGCAAAAAACUACUGCAGUGUCCCAAGUGUGACAAAAAAUUUGAUCGAAUAGGCAAAUAUGAGAGCCAUACACGUGUACACACGGGUGAGAAGCCUUUUGAGUGUGAUAUAUGCCAUCAGCGCUAUUCAACCAAGUCCAACCUGACAGUGCACAGAAAGAAACACUCUAGUGACACUGACUUUCAUAAAAAGGAGCACAAGUGUCCCUACUGCAAUAAGCUGCAUGCAAGUAAGAAGACUUUAGCAAAACAUGUUAAGAGGUUUCAUCCAGAGAAUGUACAAGAAUUUCUUUCUAUCAAGAAGACAAAGAGUGAGGGUUGGAAAUGUGAUAUUUGUAAGAAAUCUUUCACUCGAAGACCCCAUUUAGAAGAACAUAUGAUUCUUCACUCUCAGGAUAAACCCUUCAAGUGUACCUACUGUGAAGAGCACUUUAAAUCACGAUUUGCAAGAUUGAAACAUCAAGAAAAAUUCCAUCUCGGGCCUUUUCCUUGUGACAUUUGUGGCCGUCAGUUUAAUGAUACAGGAAAUCUGAAACGCCAUAUAGAAUGUACUCACGGAGGAAAGAGAAAAUGGACAUGUUUCAUCUGCGGAAAAUCUGUUAGGGAACGCACAACUUUGAAAGAACACUUGAGAAUUCAUAGUGGAGAGAAGCCUCAUCUUUGCAGUAUUUGUGGGCAGAGUUUUCGUCAUGGAAGCUCUUACAGACUUCAUCUAAGAGUCCACCAUGAUGACAAGAGAUAUGAAUGUGAAGAAUGUGGGAAAACAUUUAUUCGUCAUGACCAUCUGACAAAACACAAAAAAAUACACUCAGGUGAAAAAGCACAUCAGUGUGAGGAAUGUGGAAAGUGUUUUGGCCGUAGAGAUCACCUCACUGUUCAUUAUAAAAGUGUUCAUCUAGGAGAAAAAGUUUGGCAGAAAUAUAAAGCAACAUUUCAUCAGUGUGAAGUCUGUAAGAAAGUUUUUAAAGGGAAAUCAAGUUUGGAAAUGCAUUUUAGGACACAUUCAGGUGAGAAACCAUACAAAUGUCAAAUCUGUAAUCAGUCAUUUAGAAUUAAGAAGACAUUGACAAAACACAUGGUUAUUCAUUCAGAUGCUCGACCUUUUAAUUGUCAACAUUGCAAUGCAACAUUUAAACGAAAAGACAAGCUGAAGUAUCAUAUUGAUCACGUGCAUGGAACAAAGGCUGCAGAAGAGGUGUUGACGUCUUCUUCCGAGGAAAAGUUAGUCUCCUUACCAGUACAGUACACGUCUGAUGACAAAGUUUACCAAACUGAGGCUAAGCAGUAUGUGGAACAGUCAAAAGCAUAUCAAACAGAAGCCAAAACUUUGCUACAGAAUGUAUCUACAGAAGUAUGUGUGCCAGUGACUUUGGUACCGGUUCAGAUGUCUGAACCUCAAGCUGAGCUGGUGCAGCAUACUACUCAGCCACAUGGCAUUCUUCCUCCACAACCUGAGCAGGCAGAUUAUCAGCGAGCAACAGAUUUAUCAUUUCUAGAGAAAUAUACUCUCACUCCGCAACCUGCAAAUAUUGUUCAUCCUGUAAGGCCUGAGCAAAUGUUGGAUCCUAGAGACCAGUCAUACCUUGGAACUUUACUGGGGCUAGAUGCAGCUCCUACUGUACAGAAUAUUUCAAACAAUGAACAUUCAUGAUCUGACCAUAACAUUCCACCUAACUUUCUAAGCCAUUAGCCAACAGAAGGCUGAUAUGGCAAUUAAGAUUUAUAUUUUAUUUGGGCUCAUGAGUCUUCUGCAUAGUUUUGGAAAAACAGGUUUGUUUACAUAAUAUUUGAACAUUUAGGCACAUUUUUAUGCAUACUGAGAGAGUGUUUCUUGAGAUUUUAAGAGUUUCUAAGAAUCUUGCAGAUGGUCUUUUAAAAAAUAUGCUCUGAAAUAUCUUUUAAGGCUAGUUGCCGAAAAAUGUAAUUACAUAUCUGGCUAUUAAUUUAAAUUUGUUUGCCUUUCUGCAUCUCACUUUGAGUUAAUGUUUUAAGUGUCAUAGAAAGCAUACUGGAAGAACAAGGGCUAUGUCCAGUUCAUUAAAAGUUGUAAUGGGGGUGGGGGAACAGGAAGUAAAACAAAAACUUCCAAUUAUGCUUUACGUAUAAAUUAAAAUAUAGCUGUGAUUGAACCCUCAAGCAUUUUUAGAGGGUUUAAAUUCUUGUCUGACACCUAAGCCUAGCCAUUGGACACAGGAACUAGAUUCUUCUGAAAAGUGAUUCAUAUAUUCUCUAAAGUCACCAAGCAGGGAGCUGUAAAGAUUCCCGAAAGUAAGAAAAUCAAGUAUAGAGAGUUUAGGCUACCUAAAUUUGGUCUCUUAUUUCUUCUUUGGUCCCUAAUAUCAGAUACUGAAUUGUGUGUGAGAAUUUAGACAGCAGUAUUGUCUAAUUUUCUAAAGUUAAUCCUAUAUAAUUAUAUAGGCAUUUUUUUCUUGCUUCUUUAAUCUUCCUUGUUUUCUAAAGUGUGCCCCACACUAUAACUUUGAGAGAAAUGGUAGAAUUUGCAAGGUCGUUUUAACCUAUAAACAGUAAUAAAGGAUUGGCAUGGUUUAUCCUUGUUAGAGCAUAAAUUGUGCAAGGCCCCACAUUAGCAUGCUCAUUUUCAAGUUUUGUGCUGAAGAAGAAAUUUAAAGGCUAUUAUUUCCAGGACAGCACUCUACUUUUAUUUUAAAAAGAAAUAAUGGGUAAUUAUAAAUCUCUUGUGAGUUGCUAACAAAAUUGUUUUGUUUUUUCAGAUACUUGUACUGUGUUUAUAAAACAAAGUCAAAUGCUUGAGAGUAUUCUGUAUCUUUAAUUUUGGCUUUUUCUUUACUAGAUAUAAGGGUUUUUUCAAAAAGAACCAUUUUGUACUGGAAGUCUAGUGUAAUUUAACACGAAAUCUGGUGUUAUUUAAGCCCAUCAAAUUGUCUAUUUUAAGCAUACUCUAAAAAUAAUUCUCCCCGUGUUGAUUUGGUCAAGAUUAUGCCAAAUAAAUUGUGGGAAGUCAUAUUUUCAUCUUAAUUAUUCCUCAUAAGAAUUGCAUUCUAAGGCAGAGUUUUCACCAGUUUCCACAGAAAUCUGCUAUUCUUACUGUUUUAGAGAAAUUCUAUAUUCGUGGUUUUAAAAUGAGAAACUGGAAGUAUGUGUGUUACUGUGAGUAACUUAAAUUUAUCCAGUGGCCUGACUACAAAUGAUCUAUGAUGAAAAGUUCUUUUAUCACCCCAAUUCUACAAACUCUAAAUGACACUGAUCAUUUUGAAACCUGUUUAAAUACUUAGGUGUUAAGUUCUUUUAAUGCCCAUCUACUUUGGUGUUCAGCAGUUUGUAAGAGAGGGGCCAGAGCUGCCUGAAUGUUCAUGUUUUGAAGUUUGUACCCUUAUGGAUUCUUACUUAAACACACCAAAGAUUUCUGUUAUCUGUUAAAUAGUGGAAGAGCUAUAGAAAUUAAGUGUUAUCAAUAUUUAAAUAGGACUUAUCCAAAGAAGCACAAUAGAAGUCCUAAAUUUUAAAAGUUCAGUUUCUAAAACAGGACUACAUAUGUUUAACUGUUCUAUGUUUAUAUCUCUAAAGUAAAAUGUAGAGCUGUGCUCUGGGAAUGUUCAGACUGACGUGCUGUAAAUAUAUCUGGUUAAAAAGCUGAGUACUAGCUAAUAUACAGCAAUAAUUAGGCCAUUGAAUGCCACCUUCUGAAAGGACGCUAUCAAGUACUAUCCUUCCUGCUUGCUAACUCCACUUCAUCUCCUUUCAAAAAUAAAACCACUUCUGCCAUCUUUUCACUCCAUAGCUUGAAAAUAGCAAUUUCACCUGUAGUUUUCAAAUUGACAAGUAUGUAUCAUAUCCAUACUAAUGCAUGUGGACAUGAGACAACACAUUUCCAGCAUUUGUAGUCGUACCAUUAAGAAUAACUUGACAUCAGUGGUGUCAGUACAGUUCUCAGACUAAAAAGCUUAACCUUUUGUUAUUUCUUGUCUUUGCUGUUCUACAGUAGAAAGAAAUUGUAGAAUUUUGACUGAACAGUGGCUUAAAAAUAGUUGGCAACUAAUUUUUUUUUCUUUUAAAAUCCAGUCAGUCUGGAAGGCACUCUAGUAAAAUGGAAUUUGGAGCAUAUUUACUUGAUAAUGUCCUUUUAAAGUUUUUCAUGAUCGUGCCUUUUAUAUAUAUUCUGAAUACUGGCUUUUUCUCUAGUUCAAUUGAUUAUUCGGAAAACAUUAAGGUCAAUAUCUUCCAAAGUGCUUGAUGGGUUUUGGGUGCCCAAAAAUAAACAGACUGUAAAAGGGCUUGUUAUUCAGAAAAACGAGCACCAACUUUUGUGUUUGGGUGACCAGAAUUAUUAGUCAUUCCUGGAAAAAAUGACCUACUGGUUCUUUGGCACUCUUUUAUUUGCAGAUAACCAGACUAGUUAGUGUUUUUACCUGCUGGUCAGGCUGGAUCAUUGCCAGUUGGCAGUGAAAGAGAAUAGGAAAACUUAAGUGCUAGAUACAUAGUUUUUAUUUUUUUAAUAUCAUGAGCUAUAAAUCUUAAUGGCUUUAUGUCUGUUUGAAUUCAUAUAUGAGCAAAGUAAAUAUUCAUGGGCUGGUACUUCAUUUGGUAUGUGCGAGCAGCUGAUCUCUGCUUGAUGGAGGACAGUUCCUCUUAGGAGGGCAGGAAUUGAAGGACAGAGAUCUGACUGAACCUCACAGCUGCGUAGGUCAAAACUCCUUAGGUGUCUGGUACCUCCAUUUUAAUACGUAUAUGUACUCAUACAAUAGUGCAUGUCCUAUUAACCUGGAGGAAACUCUUAAAAUAAAGGCUAUGUUUUUAUCUGACAGCAGUUGACUCGGUUGACUGUUUAUUGCCAAAGAAGGAAGAAGCAGGUCUGUCUUUAAACUUCUUUAAGAGUGAUCAGUGGCACAUUGCAAAAACCUAAUCUUUUCCACAUGCUGACCUUUGGGGAGAAGAGAGGAGUCUGUGUUGGUACUCUGAACUCCUAUAUGGUUCUGAGAACAUACUGCAUUCAUUUGGCUUGAACAUUUGAAUUCUGUCUCUUGUUUUUUUACUUUAGUAAUUUCUAGUUGUUGACUGGGUCACUGCCCUUAUUUCUUUAAGUGGAUUUUAUAUUCAGUUUUAUUUAUUUAUAUUGGAAUUUCCUCCUUGAGCACUGACACUUUUCCUGCAGAGAGGUAUGGCUUUCAUGGGGUUUUUUUUUAAUGCUGAACAGCAUCAGUAAUUGUAGUGGUGAUGAUAUAUAUUCCAUUGGAUUGUGGUUUCCUUAAAAAUGUAAUGCUACUCCAGUCUGGAUUAUAAUUUGGGAAGUUAUUUUUAAAAAUGGAUCAUGCCAAAACACAAUGUGAUGACAGAAGAUUUGUUUGCUCUUGUCAAAGAGCUAACCUUAUUUGCCUAUUAACAAAUGUGAAAUAGUGUCCAAAAGUGUGAAGAAUGCUUCAAAAUAAUCACCUCAUAAUAUACCUGAUCAAGCGAUAAGCGCGUUACUAAGUGCAAAGGAAUAAAUGAUCCUUAAGGUGUUAAAAUGCAGAGAACUUCUGUCUAGAAAUUCACGCAAAGGAAUAUGAAUGAAUUCUGAGAAGGCUGUGGCAGAUCAGUGGGGUUUUAUUUUCCUUGAAAACAAUAAAAAGAUCGGAAAUUUCUCUAUAUUGAGUGUACAUGCAUAAUACGUGCAGGGCUACAUGUUCUUAAUAGGAACUAAAGUUUAAGGGGGAUGGGGUCCAUGUAUCUGUAGGUCCUUGUGACUUUUUAAAUGAUACCUUACAGUGAUUUGGUUGUUUCCUCAUAUGUAUUGAAGAAUAAUACUGGCAGAAUAUAAUGCAGGGCAGACAUUUUGUUUCAGCCCAUAAGGAUCCUUUUCUUGUUCAUGAUAAAUGUUUUGGUAUAAAAGGAUUUGAUGUAUUAAAGGUAACAAUGGCAAAUCAUUUGAAAUCCCCCAUAACCAUGUUGUUCACGUUUAAAUGUUGAUCCUUUUAUAUGGAAGAAUAAGUGAAAAUAAACUCAAUAUUUUGUCACUGGUAUAUGAAAUACUGUGUUUUAAAUGUGGUCUGUAUAGGUUGAUAUUUUAGAUGGAAGUCUUUAAAGUUGUCUUUUUAGGGGAAAUCUCCUUGCUGUAAGGAAAAGAUAGGAAGUGUACUGUAAACGUGGAAGUACUCAGUCCUAUAUGUAAUU